AUGUCGGAAGGGUGUGUCUCUGCAUACCUUGGCUUUGAUGCAACUGCUGAUUCAUUGCAUGUCGGCAGCCUGUUACAAAUCAUGAUUCUGAGACAUUUACAGAAGAAUGGACAUAAGCCAAUUGUACUGAUUGGAGGCGGGACGUCAAAGGUUGGAGAUCCAACAGGAAAGGACGAUAGUCGAGUCAUGCUUACCGAAGAAAUAAUUCAGAGAAACACUGACGGAAUCUCCAAAGUUUUCGAAAAGUUUCUCACUUUUGGCGAUAGUGCACCAUCUGAUGCAAUGAUGGUGAAUAACGAUGAAUGGCUUUCGUCACUGAAGUACCUCGACUUCUUGAGAGACUAUGGCAGUCAAUUCUCUAUCAAUCGAAUGAUGAGUUUUGAGUCAGUGAAGCAACGCUUGGAACGGGAAGCGCCAUUUUCUUUCCUCGAAUUUAACUAUAUGAUCUUGCAAGCUUACGAUUUUCUUGAGCUCUACCGGCGUCAUAAUGCCAUCUUACAGCUGGGAGGUAGUGAUCAAUGGGGAAACAUGGUUUCCGGGACAGAAUUGGGUAGGCGUUGUGAAGGAGCUCAUUUGUUUGCGUUGACGGCUCCACUUAUCACCACAUCUGAUGGCACAAAGAUGGGCAAGACAGCAGGAGGUGCGGUUUGGCUCAACGCUGAUAAGCUAUCCGAUUAUGACUAUUGGCAGUUCUGGAGAAACACAUCUGACGAAGAUGUCAUCCGAUUCCUCAAACUAUUCACCGAGCUUGACCUUUCAGAAAUCGCAAAAUUGGAAGAAUUAAAGGGGUCAGCGAUCAACCAAGCCAAGGUCGUACUCGCAAAUGAAGCUACAGCUAUGCUUCAUGGGCGAGAUUGUUUACCGCUUAUUCACGAAACCGUGAAGAGCAUGUUUCAAGGGGCUGGUCAAUCAAUUGAUAGCUUGCCGAGAAUCUAUGUGUGUUCGUCAGAUGUAGAAGGAGAUGGGAGGCGCUUUGUCGAUUUGUUUGUGGAGUUGGGACUGGCAGGUAGCAAGAAGGAGGCACGUAGGUUGAUUGCUGGUGGAGGCGCUAAACUUGGCGACACAAAGAUCGAAAAUGAAGUAGCGACCCUCACAAGCCUUGAUUUUGAUAAUAAGAAGGAAGUCGUGUUGAGGGCCGGCAAAAAGCGCGCAGGCGUUGUCGAAUUGCAGUAG